CCAGGUGGCGCUGUAAGCGAGUAAACAGCUGCCUCAAGCGCUUACCGAAGAACACACGAGAGCUGCUUCAUUUAUCAGCGGAUAGGAUAACAUGCGUCUGUUUUAGAUUACGUUUAUUUGUUUGACGCAGAUUUGAGAAGUACUAACCACUGUUUCAUAUCUAGAUUAAGAGCAUAUGUAAAAUGGCCUCGAAUCCACCUGGACAAGGAUUUCAGAACAAAAACAGGGUUGCUAUUCUAGCUGAGCUGGAUAAGGAGAAGAGACGUCUGAUACAGAGUCAGUCGAUGAAUAACCCAGGAGCCAGCAUCCCCCUCUCUCGACCAGCAGUGAAGGAGUUCAGGGAUCAGGCCGAACAGCAGCACAUCGCAGCACAGCAGAAAGCAGCUCUACAGCAUGCACAUGCACACUCAUCCGGCUUCUUCAUCACUCAGGAUUCAUCCUUCGGUAACCUUAUACUGCCUGUGUUACCCAGACUCGACCCGGAGUAAAUCAACAUCAGCUACAUUGACUGACUUGCUACUCAAAGCUGUAAUGUGGUUAUGCUAGACUGUUUUCCAUUAAUGUAGAGGUUUCUGAUUUUGAGAUUGUUAUAUACUAGUAUUUUUUCAAGAUUUUAUAUAAAAGGUAAAAAACUUGA